CGACUGCCCACGUGGUCUGGGCCUGCGCUGCUCGCCCGCUCUUCGGGUGCAGUACACUGGGCGGCUUCCUCUGCAAUUGCGGGUCCGCGCAGCCGGCCUGUCUCUGCGCCCCUGGUCUCUCGCUGUCGCCAGCACCCCGAUUGUUGCUGGGCCUUCGGGAGCCCAAGACUCGCAGGCGGUGCCGCCCUCCUUGCCAGCAAGGCCGAGCCCGUGGUAGCGUCCGGCAGGGAAAUGGUCGUGGUUUCCGUGCCCGCUGAAGUCACCGUAAUCCUGUUAGAUAUCGAAGGUACCACAACCCCGAUUGCUUUCGUGAAGGACAUUUUAUUUCCGUAUAUCAAAGAAAAUGUCAAGGAGUAUCUGCAGACGCACUGGGAGGAGGCCGAGUGUCAGCAGGAUGUCAGCCUGCUGAGGAAGCAGGCUGAAGAAGAUGCACAUCUGGAUGGGGCCGUUCCAAUCCCUGUGGCAUCUGGUGGCGAUCUGCAGCAGACGAUCCAGGCCGUGGUAGACAACGUGUACUGGCAGAUGUCUCAUGACCGCAAGACCACAGCGCUCAAACAGCUGCAAGGCCACAUGUGGAAGGCCGCUUUCAUGGCCGGCCGCAUGAAGGCAGAGUUCUUUGCAGAUGUGGUUCCCGCAGUCAAAAGGUGGAGAGAGGCCGGAAUGAAGGUGUACAUCUAUUCGUCAGGGAGCGUGGAGGCACAGAAGCUGCUCUUUGGGCAUUCCACAGAGGGAGACAUUCUUGAGCUCAUCGAUGGCCACUUUGACACCAAGAUUGGGCACAAGGUGGAGAGCGCUAGUUACCGGAAGAUCGCGGAUAGCAUCGGCUGCUCCACCAACAACAUCCUGUUUCUCACGGAUGUCACUGGAGAGGCCAGCGCUGCCGAGGAAGCCGACGUGCACGUGGCUGUGGUGGUGCGGCCUGGCAAUGCAGGGCUAACUGACGACGAGAAGACAUACUACAACCUCAUCACGUCCUUCAGCGAACUCUACCUGCCGUCCACCUAGAGCAAGGUCUGAGGAAGAGUCCCCGUCCCCUAGUGUCUAGCUUAUUCUACCUGUAAAAGUCACUUACUUACGUGUGCAUACUGACAUGUGAAGAGUAUAUACGUGGGUGUGUGCUCAGAUUAAUCUCCAUGGGCACAUAGUGGGAGAAAAGCUGUCAGCCCACGAGGACCAAAUUCAUGUAAGAUGCUGUGUGUGUAGACUGUAGAUAGACAGACCGUAAAUCUAAUCUUACCAAGGCCGGAGAAGAAACUGCAAAAAUACAAAUCAAAUCUGUGAUGUUCAUCAAAUCAUUUACCAAAUGGAAAGCUAGUUUAGAGAAAUUAUUAUCCAGACUGGACGGGCUUUGGAGGCACCAUAAAGAGCAGCCCCUCAUCCCUGUCUCAGAGCGGGCCCCACUGCUGCACUGACACUCACGGCCCAGCGUUCUGAGGCACUGCCUGAGGUCCUUCCUGCUCAGAGAAUGAGUCUGAAAGGUGGUCUGGUCAGGCAGGCAGGACGGACGGACGGAUGUGCUCCGAGUCCCAGCCUGCCGCCCGUAGAGCUCUUGGGAUAGCUGGGGCUGCGAUGGGUACCACUAACCCUCCCGUGUUCGCGUGGUUUGGAGUUGCCUUCCUGUGUCUUACACAGUUUGAGAAUAUUUGUCAAUAACUAUUUUUUUUAAAAAAAAUGUUUUAUUGAAACCAGUGUAACAGCACAAAGAGCUCUAAUGUGUAAUACUUCCUCUGAAAUGGAUGCAGAGAUGUAAAUUUUAUAACAGCCCUGUUUAUCCUGAUGCUAUUCUGACGGGAUUUCGUGUCAGUUUCGUGUAAUUAAUUAAUAAAGGCGUUUUCUUCUUUCA